ACAAUCACCCCACACGCCCAAUUCAGCUCCUCCGUCGGCGUCCUCGGCUGCAAAAUAAACAUCGACCGCGUCGCCUACUUCCCCGCCUACCCGCUCUGCACCAAGUACUGCGUCCGCGUCACCGCAAACGGCCGCUCCGUCACGCUGCUCCACAUCGACCACUCCGGAGGCGCGCACGACAUCAGCUACGACGCCUGGAACUAUCUGGUCACGGGCAAGUCCGCGCGCGAGGAUCCCACCUACGGCGGCGGCAUCCCCGGGUCCUGGGAGUACGUGGAGAACAGCGAGUGCGACGAUCUGAUUCCCACCGAGGGGCACAAGAUACCACUGAGUGCGUCGACAGCCGUGAUUUGGGGCCUGUCGUGUGCGCCGGGGACGGUGCAGUUCUGGAAUAUUGCCACGGCGCAGUGUACCCUGGGGGUGGACGAGAAGUGCGAGCCGCCGCCGCAGGGCGGGAACCAGCCGGUUUGUCCGUCGCAGCUGGGGACCCAGAACCCGUUG